AUGAGUGCUGCUGCUGCUAUUGAAGAACCUUUGGAUAUUGAAGAAGAAGAUCCCAUUGUCACAGAUACUCAAGAGACCGUGGUGAUUCCUGAAACAGCUGAUUUUUUACCCCCAUCAGUGCCAAUUAAACAUACCCAUAAAUCAACAACUUAUCUAACAGAAAUACCCAAGGAAAUCUUAGCAUCGCCUUCAGAACCAUGUGUACUUGGUGUUGAUGAAGCAGGUCGUGGUCCUGUCUUGGGACCAAUGGUUUAUGGUAUAGCAUAUUGUCUUAAAUCCUAUGAACAAACAUUGAAGAAGAAAUAUGGAUUUGCAGAUUCUAAAACAUUGACUGAAGUUAAGAGAACAAAUUUAUUAGAACAGAUAUGUUUACCAAAUGGUGAAUUGUUUGAAAAUGUUGGUUGGUCAACAAGAACAAUGACUGCGAUGGAUAUAAGCUCUGGUAUGUUAAGACCUCAUACAGUAGGGAAUUAUAAUUUGAAUGAACAAGCUCAUGAUGCUACAAUGGAUUUGAUUCAAGGUGUUUUGGAUCAAGGUGUAAAUAUUACUGAAUUAUAUGUUGAUACAGUGGGACCACCAGUGACAUAUCAAGCAAAAUUACAGAAAAGAUUCCCCAAUUUAAAAAUAACAGUGGCUAAAAAAGCUGAUGCAUUAUAUCCAUGUGUUAGUGCUGCAAGUAUUUGUGCAAAAGUUACAAGAGAUUUUUCAUUGAGUAUGAGUAAAGACGAAUUAUAUGGAUCAGAGACCAUAUGGGGAUCAGGAUAUCCUAGUGAUCCAAAGACUUCAAAAUGGUUAAACAGUGCAGUUGAUCCAAUAUUUGGAUGGGAUCAAGUUGUUAGAUUUUCAUGGCAAACUUCAAAAGAUGCUAUAAUCAAAAAUGGAGGUGUUGAUAUUGAAUGGGAAGAAGAUAAUAUCAAAGAAGAUUAUGGAGUUGACGUUGGUGCAAUGUUUAAAAAUUCCAAGGAUUCAGAUUUAUCAAACUUACCAGUAUCUAAAUUAUGGUUUGGUAAGAAUGUUGAUUGUUUUAAUUAG